UUGCCCAAGUCUGCAGGUUAAAUAUAGCAUGAUGCUUGUACAUUAGUAAUAUAGUCAAACGAUUGGCUAAUUUCAGUUUAACAUAUAAUCAAUAAGCAAGAGAAAGAGCUUGGACAUACAUAAUACAUGAUGAGCUGGUUUGAUUUUUCGGAUAUCGCAAAAACUGCUCUCAAUGAAGCACAAAAACGAAUUGACAAAGUUUUGGAUAUACAGGAAGAUGGUAAAGCAAAACUAAAUACUGGAUCAGAUUCAACCGUUUUGCCGGAUAUUGGUACAAUCAUUAAAACAGAUGUCAGUCCAGAGCAAGAGCACAACACAUCACUAAGUGACAUGCAGAGUUUAAAAACACCUUUAAAACCCCUGAAUGUAAAGCAAGCUCGAUCACUCCAACUUUCGCAAAAGAAACGCGCCAAGCCUGUUAAACUUGGUGUUUCAUUGACUAAGAAAUCAAGCCCAAGAGAAAAAACUAAAACACCUUCAAUACAAAGUGAGCAAGUUAAUGCCAAUUGGGAGGAAAAAUUCGACGAAAUUUCACUUGAAGACAAUAAAGAAGAUGAUUUCAUUCCACAAAUAAAUUUACCUCAUGAACUAUCUGAAAUCUCGGCUCCUAAAGUUCAGCCAAACCAAGACAAUUCUAAAUUGAGUCAAUCUAAAGUGUACAGCGAUACAAAUAACGACAUUAGAACUAACAACAUUCAUAUUGAUACAGAAACGGAUUCUGUAAAGGAAAAUGAGAACUUUUCAACAGACUCAAAUACCAGUAACAGUUCACCAAGAAUUCAUGCCCCAGUUGUACAAUGUUCAUCUGAAGCCACACAUUCUCCUUGUGGAUCGCCCACCACAGCAACCUCCAGUGAGAUUGACAUACUUGAACAUGAGAGCUACCACAGUGAAUCUUCAUCACCAGUUAUGAAGCCUGUAAAAGAUGAGGGCAACUUCCGAACUGAAGAUCUCUCGUUUCCAACCUCACCAGAUCACAGUGAGGCAUCCGACAUCAUUCGUUUAAACGGACAUUGCUCCUCUCCCCUCUCAAUUGAAGAUUCCGAGCCAGUGAUGCUACUUGUUGCUGAAACUUUACAGAAGUCCAUCAGUGAAAUGUCUCUAGAAUCCGAUUCACAAGUGGAAGUUCAUCAAUUUUGUGAAGAUUUCUCACAAUCUACUCUUGAAGACUCCCAAAGUCCUCCGGAAGACCCAAUGCAAAACAGCAAUACCUCUACUUUACAAAGCGACACACAAAACACGAAUCUUAGCUCUUCUGUAUCAUCUGAAGAAAACAUGACACACACGAUUGCUGAUGCUCUUAAAGAGGACACAGAAACUAAAGACGCCGCCUCCGAAAAUAAGGAUUUACACGAAACAGAAUCGAAAACUAAAUCGGAAACUGAAAAUUUUAGGAUAUUUGAUGAAAACACUAAAACAGAAAUACCAUUGCUUGUUGAAAAUGUAGAAACGCAUUCUUUAUUGGAGAAUAGUUUGGAAUUAUGUGAAAAGGAUAAGGGUCAUCCUACAGAAGCUGAAGGAAAGACGAAAACGGAGGUUUUGGAAUCUUCUGAAACUGUUGCCGUGGCAGAACAAACACCUAUUGUUUCACACAACAGCCUGGGAAACAAGGUGAAUAUUGAUUUGUCAAAAGAGGAAAUUAUCAAAAUGAUGAACGAGAAAUUUGAGGUUUAUGAACAGCAGUUAAUGACUCUUAGUCUCAGCAAUGCAAAACUGAAUGAAGACAAUGAUAAUUUGCGGAGUGAAGCAAGCCACUUAGAAACUUUUGACCAUAUCCAGUAUCAGAAGGAAAAACAAAACCUGCUCAACACCAUAGACAGUGUAUCUGAACAACUGCAGGACAUGGAAGUGGAAAAAUCAAACUUACUUGAAAAACUUGAGAUGACAAAAGCCAGUUUAAGUCAAAGACUGAGCAAUGAACAUGUGCAGCAACUUUUAGCAGAAAAAGAAGAUUCCAUACAAGGCUUGCUACAGGAAGGUGAAGCUUUAUCAAAGAAACACCUCCAGCAGAGCAAUGUCAUCAAGAAAUUAAGAGCGAAAGGAGCGGAGCGCGAAGAUGCCAUAAAGGACUUAACUGAGAGACUUACAAGAGCAGAGGAAGAAAACAAAAUUUUAAAACAGAAAGUUUCCGCAAUUGAAGGACAAAGUUCGGAAGACCGUGGAACAGCCGAACGACUUUCCGAGGCUUACCAGGAGAGGGAGCAAGAGGUUAACGAGUUAAGGAGUCUUCUGGAAGAUGCAGAGGAGAAAAGAAGAGCUGCACAAGCUACUCUGGAUGCCGCGUAUAGAGAUCUUGGAGAUAUGAACAAAAAGGAAGCAUCCAUGAAAAGCAACCAUGAACGUGAUCUUCAAGUCCGGGAGGACUCUGUGAGGAUGGUGAUGCAGCAAGAGAUGGAAAAGAUGCAACAAGAGCACGAACACCAUAGACAGAUGCUCCUACUCCAGAUGACAGAGUUACGUGGGACAGUAGAACGUACAGAGAUGAUUUGUUCAAGAAGAGAAGACCAACUUAAAAAGGAAAUACAAGAUUUGCAGCAGCAACUGCAAGACUCUGAGUUACGUAAUCAUGAACUCGGCGAAAGUAUUUCUGCCUCAACAAGGCCACUUUUGCGCCAGAUGGAAAAUCUGCAGGCAACACACGCUGCACAAGAAAAAACUUGGGAAACACUGGAAAAAAGCCUCACUUCAAGACUAAAUGAACAACAGAACCAGCUGUUGGCUGCACAGGACAAAGAACGCUUUGCGCAAAUGGCUCUCAUGGAGGCAAAAUCUCGACUUUUAAGGUCAGACCAGCAACUGACAGAAGCCACACAAACAAUUGAGCAAAUUACAUCAGAAUUGGAAAGUUUGAGAAAAAAUCGCCGAGAGCAUGAUAAAGAAGUCACACGAUUGAAGAAGAUCAUAGAAGAGAAUGAGGAGCAGCAUUCGGAUGCUAUGAGCAAGGCAAGAAGAGACAGAGUAAACCUCGAAAAUCAGUUGGAUAUGGAAAAAGUUCGAUCAGAAGUCGAAAAAAAGAAGUUUCAGUCGCAAGUUGAAACUGUUCAAAAGGAAAAGGAGCGAUUGCUUUGGUUAAGUCGUUCAGAAAGUGUUGGAUCAUCUGCGAGUAUAUUUAACACGGAUGUGGAAUCCGUAGCUAGUUCCUCAGACACAUUUAACCAUGUUGAUUCGUUUGACCGAUCUUACCAGCUUGGUUCAACAGCUGUGUACGAUACCAUACGUGGCGCCAGUGGUUCUGCUUUGCUCGAAAAUCUACAAUCUCAAUUAAAGCAAAGAGACGGGGAAAUAGCUCAACUGCAGGGCGAAAUUAACACGCUUGAGCGAACCCGGUCAUCCAUGGCAGAGGAGAUCGUGAGGCUGACCAAUGAGAAUGAAGAGAUGGAGGUUACUGUAGGUCAAGUUGAUGAACUGACGAGAAAGUUAAAAGAAGUAACAGCUAGACACGAUGCAGUGCUAACUAUGUAUGGGGAAAAAGCUGAAGAGGCAGAAGAACUUAAACUGGACCUUGAAGACGUUAAAACUAUGUACAGAAACCAGAUUGACUCACUUUUACGAAAUGACUACGUCAAAUAAAUUUCUUUCUCCAAUAAGCCAUCUCCAUGUAUUUGUGUAUAUUCCAAAUGAAGCAAUUACUUGGUAAAUUCAACAUUUUAACCCUGAAGCUUUACACCCUACUGCGUGCACUUAUUUUGCAUGCAGAUAUGAUACAAUUUUAUUCAUAAAACUGAAAUAUCAGUAAUUGGAAAAAAAUUGAGUUUGCACUUUUCUGGUAAACUAUUUUCUCCAUGUAGAUAUACCAGAUUGUCAUUUUUGCCGCUUAUUUAUUUAUUUUAGACCCAACAUGCUAAGAUUUCUAUUGUAACGGUGCAAUAGUGUCUGAAUCUUAUUGAAUAAAUAUUAUGCAGACUGACUGUCAAUUGUGA